AUGCGACUGUAGAAUAACCGUCCUGUUGACCUUGAAAUUUUUUUUUUUUACUCCCCAUGUUGGUUAUCCAUAUAUUUUCUUUUGUUAUUAUUCUUUCUUUUUUUGUAAUAUGCAGAGUAAACGUUCAUUUGGCGACGCCUUCAUUUCAGAAGCCAAUGAAAAGAUAGUAUCACUUGUAGCUAAAGAGAAAGGCUUUCAAGGUAUUCAGCCACAAGCCUUAGCAUCCUUUUCUAACGCGUUGGGUUCUUAUAUUGAAACCAUGUUUACAAAAGCCCAUUUAUAUGCAGAACUUGGGAAUCGAUCUAAACCGAAUAUACACGAUAUUACAAGAUCCUUACAAGAUGCAGGGCUUGAUAUAGCUGCUUUUAAAGACUACUUGUACACACAACACCAAUAUACCAACAAAACCUCAUGCUUUAAAGUAAACAUAAAACCUUCUACAUUAGAACAGAUACCUAGUUUUUUACCAUCUGAUAAUGAAGAAUCUGAUGAAGAAGACAUGGAAGGACAAGAGGGAGGUGUGCCUGUCUAUGUUCCUCGUCAUUUACCUAGUUUUCCUAGUAAACAUUCCUUUCGACAAACACCUAUUUAUAUUGAUCGACCUGAUGAUCCACAAAAAGUAAGAGAAUUGAAUUCAGAACAAUCACGUACAGUAGAAGAAAAUCUCAAGAAACUCAUGUCUGCUGAAAACAAACUGCUUAAACAAUCCAACGGUGUUUCAAUGGACAUCUUUGAGACUUCAAACUUGGAACAAGGCAUGAUGAUGCCUAUUGUAAAUUAUGAAGUUUUUUUACAGCGAAGAAAAAAGCAGAAACAAUCAGGUACAACACUGAAUGUAGAAGGAUCUGAUGUACCUAAGCAAAACACUUCAGUGCAAGAAGAACAUCAAGAUGAGAUACCAACGCAAGAACAAGACAUGAAUCAUCAUUCUGCUUAAUAAAAAAAAUUUUUUUU